CUCUCUCUAACAACUUUUACAUUUUUUAUUUUUCCCUUUGGAGACAAAAACAUAAAAAAAACUUCUUUUUUAGUAACAAAAUAAGAGAACGGAAAUGUCGGAAGCAAAAGACCCGGCGAUCAAGCUCUUCGGGAAGACGAUCCCUGUGCCGGAGAUCCCGGCCGGAUCCGGAGACUCCGCCGGAGCUCCGGCUUCUUCUUCAGGGGAUGUUGUUGAUGACACUGUUGAUCACAACCAUGCUUCUUCCACCAACUCUUCCAGGGAGUCAUACACCAAUAGAGAUGCACAAGAGCAUGAUGCUAUUCACAAGGACUCAUCGGAAGAAAAACCAACUGAUGAUAAGAAGGAAGAUGGAGCCCCCGCCCAAUCAUCAGAAGAGUUCACCAAUCCAGAUACUGCCUCUAGAACCGGCGAAGAAUCCAUUACCCUAUCCACUGAGAGGGAGGCUACAACGUUGAAAACUUCAAAAAGCGAAGAAGAACAGGGUGAGCAGGGUGAGACAAGUAAUUCACAGGAUAAGAACCUUAAAAAACCAGACAAAAUAUUGCCUUGUCCUCGCUGUAAUAGCAUGGACACUAAGUUCUGCUACUACAAUAAUUACAAUGUGAACCAACCGCGCCACUUCUGCAAGAAUUGCCAGAGAUACUGGACUGCUGGUGGGACAAUGAGGAAUGUUCCUGUAGGAGCUGGUCGCAGGAAAAACAAGAAUUCAACUUCUCACUAUCGCCAGAUAACUGUUCCUGAAGCAGCACUCCAGAAUUCUCGGACCGAGUUGCCAAAUGGAUCGCAUCAUCCCUCCUUGAAGUGCAAUGGUACAGUCCUCACAUUUGGAUCCGAUGCACCCUUGUGUGAAUCAAUGGCAUCUGUUUUGAACCUUGCUGAUAAAAAAGUGCACAAUUACACAAGAAAUGGAUUUCAUAAACCUGAAGGACUGAAAAUUCCUGUUCCAUGUGCAAGUAAAGAAAAAGGGGAUGGUCAAUCUAAUAAAUCUUCUGUUACCUCCGCAAAAUCAAUGGAAGGUGCAAGCACCAAUGGAUCCCCAGAACAAGCUAUGCAGGAUUGUCAAAGCUUCCUACCCCAGGUUCCCUACUUUCCCGGGACCCCUUGGCCUUUUCCGUGGAAUCCAGUGCAGUGGAGCUCUCCAGUGCCACCGCCUGCAUUUUGCCCACCGGGAUUUGCCGUGCCACUCUAUCCUGCAACAGCUUAUUGGGGUUGUGCUGUGUCAGGUGCAUGGAACAUCCCAUGGCUAGCCCAAUCAUCAUCACCAAAUGGUGCAACCCCUAACUCUGGCCCUAACUCUCCAACCUUGGGUAAACAUUCCAGGGAAGACAACAUGCUCAAACCAAACGGCUCAGGUGGUGAGGAUGAGCAUAGCAAAGAAAAUAACAAAGAAAAGUGCCUUUGGGUUCCAAAAACUCUGAGGAUUGAUGACUCAGGAGAAGCAGCAAAAAGCUCUAUAUGGACAACACUUGGGAUUAAAAAUGAUAAGGCUGAAUCAGUUCCUGGGGGAGGGAUCUUUAAAGCGUUCCCUUCUAAACAUGAAGAAAAGAACCACUCAAUACAAGCCUCACAUGUCUUGCAGGCCAAUCCAGCCGCGUUGUCGAGGUCACUUAACUUUCAUGAGACCUCAUAACCAUGUAGCUUACAAAUUUGUAAUUGUCUUUAGGUGCAGCAGACAGAUUUGGCAAUGUUCAACCAUUCCUCAGGAAAUCACAAAUUGUAAAGCCACAUCAGUUCACCAGCCUUGUUUGUAACAAUUAGUUCUGUUGUCAGCCAACUGAAGGAUGGUUCUUCAUGCAUUUCCUUCCAAGCUGAAGGAGUAUUCUUGUGUUUGCAAAGUAUCUUUCUUCCCUUUCUUAGGUGUUUUCUA